UUUAACGUUUGCCUUCUUAAUGCUUAGAUGAAUUGUCUUGGUUGCCUAAACAAUAUACAGAGGGAAAUUUCUUGUACUCAAUUUCUGUAGAAACAAAAUCUGGACUUCCAGUUCCUCAAGACAGGCAUCUGGGUCAAUGCACGUGCUUUUUCCUGGCUGGAAAGUUUGCCUCCUCUCCGAAUUAACACUUACUUAUUUCCCAGGGGAAAUAUUUCUGUCAAGUUCCCUCUAUUUAUGGAUAUAUUUCUGCUUCCUAGACCUUAUCACCAAUGAAAAUUUCAGUUUAUUGUUUCUGAAAAAUGGACAAGAAGCUGGAUAUCUACAGGAGGGAGUUAGUGGAUGUUCAGGGUGUCCCACUCUUCUGGAGCAUUGCUGAGGAGUGGUCCCAGGUGGAGACCUUUGAGAGUCGACCAGAUGACCUUCUGAUCGCCACCUACCCUAAAUCUGGAACAACCUGGGUCAGUGAAAUAUUGGAUUUGAUCUAUAACAAUGGGGAUGUGGAGAAAUGUAAGCGGGACGCAAUAUACAAACGAGUGCCGUUCAUGGAAUUGAUUGUUCCUGGAAUCGAGAAUGGUGUGGAGGACUUGAAAAACAUGAAGCCUCCUCGAUUAGUGAAAACACACCUGCCUGUUCAACUUCUUCCUUCUUCAUUUUGGAAAAAUAACUGCAAGAUGGUCUAUGUGGCACGAAAUGCGAAGGAUGUGGCUGUGUCUUACUAUUAUUUCUACCAGAUGGCAAAAUUACACCCAGAGCCUGGCACCUGGGAGGAGUUCCUGGAUAAAUUCAUGACUGGGAAGGUGUCGUUUGGUUCUUGGUAUGACCAUGUGAAGGGCUGGUGGGAGAAGAGGAAUGAUUAUCGUAUCCAUUACCUAUUCUAUGAAGACAUGAAAGAGGAUCCAAAGCAUGAAAUUCAGAAGUUGUUAAAGUUUCUAGACAAAGAACUCUCAGAAGAAACUGUGGAUAAAAUCAUCUAUCAUAGCUCUUUUGAUGUGAUGAAGCAGAAUCCAAGUACAAAUUAUACCACUGUACCAGAUUUUGAUAUGGAUCAUUCUGUGUCUCCCUUCAUGAGAAAGGGCAUUUCAGGUGAUUGGAAAAAUCAGUUCACUGUAGCCCAGUAUGAAAGAUUUGAAGACGAUUAUGAAAAGAAAAUGAAAAGGUCUACACUACGGUUUCGUUCGGAGAUUUAAGAAAUCCUGUUCUUCCUCCGACUCCUUUAGCAGGCACUUAAAUUACAAAAAAAAAAAAAAAAUUCUUUGAACAUUUAAUGACAAAAAUUCUGUAUGUUAAUAUUUCUGUAUUUACUAAUAUUCGUGCUUUGUAAUAGAAUAUUUAAAGAAUUUCAAAAGCUGCAUAUGAAAAACCAACACUGUCUGUACAAUUUUAAUCACCUUCCACAAUGUUCUUACUAUUCUGAAAGACAAAAUAAUAAACUGAAGUUUAAAAUCGA